AUGAAUUCUAACAACGGGCCGAUCAAAGAACAUGGAAAACGCAGAGUCGCUUAUUACUACGAUUCCAAUAUUGGAAAUUAUUACUAUGGUCAAGGACAUGUUAUGAAACCACACAGAAUACGGAUGACCCAUCAUCUCUUAUUGAAUUAUGGAGUCUACAGAGAUCUUGAAGUAUAUAGACCUUUUCCUGCGACAUUCGAGGAAAUGACUCGCUUCCACAGCGAGGAAUAUAUGAGUUUUCUUAAAUGUGCAAGUCCGGACAACCUAAAAAUGUACAAUAAACAAAUGCUCAAAUUUAAUGUCGGUGAGGACUGUCCACUUUUCGAUGGGCUCUACGAGUUCUGCCAGUUAAGUAGUGGAGGAUCGUUAGCCGCUGCCGUGAAGCUCAAUAAAAGAAAAGCCGAUAUUGCCAUUAACUGGAUGGGUGGUCUCCACCAUGCCAAGAAAAGCGAGGCCAGCGGAUUCUGCUACACCAAUGAUAUUGUACUUGGAAUCCUAGAGUUAUUAAAGUAUCAUAAGAGGGUACUGUAUGUGGACAUCGAUGUGCAUCAUGGAGAUGGAGUUGAAGAAGCGUUCUAUACUACAGAUCGUGUUAUGACAGUAUCAUUCCAUAAAUAUGGCGAUUUCUUCCCAGGAACUGGUGAUCUGAAGGACAUUGGUGCUGGGAAAGGAAGGCUGUAUUCUCUCAACGUACCUCUCAAAGAUGGAAUCACAGAUGAUGCGUAUCAGAGUAUAUUUAAACCGGUCAUGACAAAAGUUAUGGAAAGGUUCCAACCAUGUGCUGUUGUCCUACAAUGUGGUGCUGAUUCUCUGAAUGGUGAUCGACUUGGCCCAUUUAAUUUAACGUUACGAGGUCAUGGUGAAUGUGUGAAAUUUUUCCGUGCUCAAAAUAUUCCCCUAAUGAUGGUCGGAGGUGGUGGCUAUACACCACGGAACGUAGCACGAUGUUGGACUUAUGAGACAACGUUGGCUGUGGAUCGGGAGGUACCGGAUGAAUUACCGUACAAUGACUACUUCGAAUACUUCGGUCCCAACUAUCGUCUCCACAUCGAUCCUUCAAGCGCAUCCAACGAAAAUACCCCAGAGUCUUUACGAAGAAUCCAGGAAGCUGUCAUUCAGAAUUUGGAAAAACUUACAUUUGCUCCAAGUGUGCAAAUGCAACCUGUUCCUGAAGAUGCAUUGAAGGUCUUAAAUGAUUCUUCACUUGGUCAGGAUAUGGCAGAUCCAGACGUGCGGUUGCAUCGAUCCAUUAUGGAUGGUGUGACACAGGAUGCUGGUGAGUUCUACGAUGGAGAAAAUGAAGGAGAUGACCGAAGAAAUGAGAAUAAUGCUAAAAGAGCAGCUGACACCUCAACGCAAGAUCAAGUCGAAGCUAAAAAACCAAAAACUGAUGAGUAA